GAGGAUUUUUUGCGCUUUUGGUAGAACGACCAGUGGGAUUGCCAAAGUGCGACGAACACUUCACAGAGAGGUUCAUCAAGGUGAAGGCAUGAAGAAUUUCAAGGUGAAGUUAUGAAGAAAAUGGCAAAAUGAUCCGGUACCGGAUCGAUCGACGAACAUGAUUGGCGAACGACAGUGACUCGCACAAUCAUCAUUGACGGCUGAGGGGAGAAAUGGUUGCUCUCAAAAUUGGAGCGCUUAUCUCACUGCUUCUGAUCGUUGACAUCAGUUGUCUCGUUAGUAAGAGGAGAAACGACCGGUUUUUAAAAAGUUUUGCUCAGCUGGAGAAAGAGGAGAAUCUCGAAAAUGCGAUUGAUUCGCACAGGGAGAUGAGAUUCUUUGAUGAACUUGGACGUAAGUAUAAUAUAUUUUAAUAUUUCAGCCGUCAUUGUUCUGAAUACGCUGUUGCGACAUAUUGUCCGCGAAUUACGUUAUUAUGCGUAAUGCUAAGCAGGCGUUAAAAUGAAAUUGAAGGAUCGCUUUGAAAGAGAAAGGCGGCUCGUACGCUUUGAAUAACAAAACGAAUGUCUUCCAUGUCAACUGUUGAGAAGUGGUUUCAUGCCAUUUUCAACACGCUACCACUUUUGUAAUGUUUAAGUUUACUUUAAAUAAGUCUUAUAGUCAUGUGCAAAUCGGCAACAUUAAUGGAUGACUAUCCUUUGUUAAAAUCAUUUCAGUUAAUAAAUGAACAACACGUAGUGAUUCAGCCUACAUAUGCAU